AAAUCCUCCUCCUUUUCUCCUCUGCGUAUCAGUUAGAAGUGAAAGUGAAAGUCAGCAGGUUGUUUUAGUGAAGAGAAAAACAUGAAGUUCUUUGUGGAAUAAAAUCACAGACAAAGCUACGCUAAUUCUAAGAGACAGCAGACAUUAGACUUUCUGAAAUAAUGUCGGGGGAGUGUGAGGAUCUCAGAACAUCUGAAAUGAUUCAUCAAGAGGAGCAGCACAAGAUACAGAGUGAAACUAAGGAAAGGCCAAUCUCACCUGUGUCCAGCUGUGUGUCCUAUAAGAGUGACCGCUCACUGCCAGACCCUCCCAACUUUAAAGCUGGAACAUCCUCUGUGGGAAGAAACCAAAAACAGAACCCAAAAUUCAUCAGCACAAUGGAGUCCAUAUUCAAGGAGCUGGAGCACAAAGUCAUCACAAUGUUGAAGAAUGAGCUGAACAAGUACAAGAAGGUACUUAGUGCUGAUUACCCAGCAUGCUCUGAGAGGGGGGAGGUGGAGGAAGAGGAUCUGCACUGUGUUAGAGAGGGUGUGCUGAAAAUCACACUGUACAUCCUGAAGAACAUGGAGCAGAAAGAUCUCGCUCACACCCUGCAGAUCAAGAUGGCCUCUGUGUAUCAGAGAAAGCUCAAAUCUGGACUUCUAAAUAAAUGUAAAAGAAUUAAUGAAGGAAUCUCACAGCAUGGGACAUCUACACUUCUGAAUCAGAUCUACACAGAGCUCUACAUCACAGAGAGUUGGAGUGGAGACAUCAAUAAUGAACAUGAGGUGAGACAGAUUGAGACAGUGUCCAGGAGACCAGCAACAGAGGAGACACCCAUCAAAUGUAAUGAGCUCUUUAAAGACAAGUCCAUCAGAAGUGUGCUGACUAAAGGAGUAGCUGGAAUUGGAAAAACAGUCUCUGUGCAGAAGUUCAUUCUGGACUGGACUGAAGGAAAAGCAAAUCAGGACAUCAUCUUCCUGUUUCCACUUCCCUUUAGAGAGCUGAAUUUGUUGAAGCAGGAAAACUUCACUCUGAUGAGCCUUAUUCAUCAGUUUUUCCCAGAAAUUAAGGACCUGGAAGUAAUAGACAGUAAUGACUACAAAGUUCUGUUCAUCUUUGAUGGUCUGGAUGAGUGUCGACUUCCUCUAAAUUUCCAGAACAAUGAGAUGUUGAGUGAUGUGACAGAGUCAGCCUCACUGGAAGUUCUGCUAACAAACCUCAUCAAGGGGAAUCUGCUUCCCUCUGCUCUCCUCUGGAUAACCACUCGACCAGGAGCAGCCAAUCAGAUCCCUCCUGAGUGUGUAGACCAGGUAACGGAGGUACGAGGGUUCAGUGAUCCUCAGAAAGAGGAGUACUUCAGGAAGAGGCUCAGUGAUCAGAUCCUGGCCAAUAAAAUCAUCACACACAUGAAGUCUUCAAGAAGCCUCUACAUCAUGUGCCACAUCCCAGUCUUCUGCUGGAUCUCAGCCACUGUUCUAGAGAGAAUGUUGGGUGAAGCAGAGAGUGGAGAGAUCCCUAAGACUCUGACUCAAAUGUUCACACACUUCCUGAUCUUUCAGAUCAAACACAAGGAGCAAAAGUACAGUCAGAAAUAUGACCCUGAUCCACAGAAGACCAGAGAGAGUGUCCUGGCUUUGGGAAAACUGGCUUUCCAACAGCUGGAUAAAGGAAACCUGAUGUUCUAUGAGGAAGACCUGAGAGAGUGUGGCAUUGAUGUCAGAGAAGUGGCAGUGUACUCAGGAGUGUGUACCCAAAUCUUCAGAGCAGAGUCUGGACUCCACCUGGGGAAGAUCUUCAGCUUUGUACAUCUGAGUGUUCAGGAGUUUUUGGCUGCAUUAUAUGCGUUUCUCUGCUUCAAUGAUAAAAAACAAACAAAUGAACAAACCACUGAUCUGUCUGGUCUUUUCACCACAUCAGAAAUGUCCGACUUCCUCAAGGGUGCAGUGGACCAGGCCUUACAGAGUGACAAUGGACACUUGGAUCUUUUCCUCCGCUUCCUUCUGGGCCUCUCAGUGGAGUCUAAUCAGAAGCUCAUUCGAGGUCUACUGACACACACAGGAAGCAGCUCUGACUGCCGAAAGGACAUAGUUAAAUACAUCAAGUUAAAGUUUGAACAAAAUCCAUCUCCAGAGAGAUCAAUCAAUCUGUUCUACUGUCUGAACGAGUUAAAUGAUGAUACACUGGUGAAAGAGAUCCAAAGCUACAUGAACUCAGGUCGUCUCUCUGAAGCUGAACUCUCACCUGCUCAGUGGUCUGCUCUGGUCUUUGUGUUGCUGACCUCAGAGGAGGAUCUGGAAGUGUUUGACCUACAGAAGUUUAUAAGAUCAGAUGAAUGCUUUAAGAGACUGUUACCAGUCGUCCAGCAAGCUACAACAGUUCUUCUCAGUGAGUGUAACCUGACAGAGAGAAGCUGCUCGGCUUUACACACAGUUCUCAGCUCAGAAUCCUCCAAGCUGACUGAGGUGGAUCUGAGCAGUAAUCCUCUGGAGGACUCAGGAGUGAAGCUGCUUUGUGCUGGACUGAAGAGUCCAAACUGUAAACUGGAGAAACUCAGACUUUCAGACUGCAGUAUAACAGAGGAAGGAUACACUGCUCUGGCUGAAGCUCUGAAAUCAUCUCACCUGAUAGAGCUGGACCUCAGAGGGAACGACCCUGGAGCAUCAGGAGUGAAGCUGCUCACUGAUUUACUACAGGAUCCAGACUGUACACUGAACACACUGAGUCUGUUAAGUCCUGAGGCAGAGGAAGCCUGUUCUGCUUUAACUGAAGUUCUGGGUACAAACCCCUUACUGCAGAGAGAACUGGAUCUGAGUGGGAAAAUAUCUGGAGACUCAGGAGUGAAGCAGCUCUCUGAUCUGCUGAAGGAUCCACACUGCAGACCUCAGAGACUCAGGCUGAAUAAGAGCAGUAUUACACACAGAGGCUGUACUGAUCUGAUAUCAGCUCUUACUUCAAACCCUUCACACCUGACAGAACUGGACCUGAGUGAGAACACACUGGGAAAUUCAGGAGCGAUUCAGAUCUCUAUGCUACUAAAGAAUUCAUCCUGUAAACUCCAGAAGCUUGUACUUUCAGACUGUAAUAUUAAAGAGGAAGGAUACACUGCUCUGGCUGAAGCUCUGAAAUCAAACCCUUCAUCACACCUGAUAGAGCUGGACCUCAGAGGGAACGAUCCUGGAGAAUCAGGAAUGAAGCAGCUCAGGAAUUUAAUAAAUGAUCCAAAAUGUAAACUGAAGACACUGAGGGUGUUGAAAAGUCCUGAUGCACAGAAAGCUUCUGAUCAUCUGACUGAAGUUCUGGGUAUAAACCCGAUACUGCAGACGGAUCUGAAUCUGAGUGGGAAAAUAAAAGGAGACUCAGGAGUAGAGCAGCUCUCUGUUUUACUGAAGGAUCUACUGAAGGAUCCACACUGCAGACCUGAAACACUUCAGCUCAGUGAGUGUAAUCUGACAGAGAAAGGAUGUUCAGCUCUGCUCACAGCUCUCAGAUCAGAACACUCCACCCUGAAGGAGCUGAAUCUGAGUAAGAACAGGAUUCAGGAUUCAGGAGUGAAGCUGCUCUCUGAGGAACUGAAGAAUAAACUCUGUAAACUGGAGACUCUGAGACUUUCAGACUGCAGUAUAACAGAGGAAGGAUACACUGCUCUGGCUGAAGCUCUGAAAUCAUCUCACCUGAUAGAGCUGGAUCUCAGAGGGAACGACCCUGGAGCAUCAGGAGUGAAGCUGCUCACUGAUUUACUACAGGAUCCAGACUGUAAACUGAACACACUGAGGUUGUGGAAAAGUCCUGAUGCAGAGGAAGCCUACACGUGUCUUACUAAAAUGUUCAGUAAAAACCCCUUACUGCACACGGAGCUGGAUCUGAACAACAAAACACCUGAAGACGUCAAAGUGAAGCAGCUUUCAGCUCUGCUGCAGGAUCCACAUUACAGACUGCAGAAACUUAGGUUGUAUAAAGGAGACAGUAUUACAGAUGAAGACUGUUCACAUGUGAUUUCUGCUCUGGUUUUAAACCCUUCACACCUGAGAGAUCUGAAUCUGAACUGGAAUAAACCAGGAGAGUCUGGACUGAGAAAUCUGUGUGAUUUCCUGAAGAAUCCUGAAUGUAAACUGCAGACACUAAAUCUAUAUAACAGUAUAAGAGGGAAAUCCUGUGCUGAUUUGUCUUCAGCUCUCUGUACAAAUCCAUCACACAUCAGAGAGCUGGAUCUGAGGUGGUGUGAACUGGGAGACUCAGGAGUGGAGAAACUCUGUGAUCUACUGAAGAAACACGAGUGUAAACUGGAGAAACUGCUACUAUGGAACAGUAUAAGAGGGAAAGCCUGUGCUGAUUUGUCUUCAGCUCUCUGUACAAAUCCAUCACACAUCAGAGAGCUGGAUCUGAGGUGGUGUGAACUGGGAGACUCAGGAGUGGAGAAGCUCUGUGAUCUACUGAAGAAACACGAGUGUAAACUGGAGAAACUGCUACUAUGGGACAGUGUAAGAGGGAAAUCCUGUGCUGAUUUGUCUUCAGCUCUCUGUACAAAUCCAUCACACAUCAGAGAGCUGAAUCUGAGUCAGUGUAAACUGGGAGACUCAGGAGUGGAGAAGCUCUGUGAUCUACUGAAGAAACACGAGUGUAAACUGGAGACACUGCUGUUAAUAAACUGCAGAAUAACAGAUAGAGGCUGUGCUGCUCUGACUGGGGCUCUGAAGAUAAACUCCUCACAUCUGAAAGUGCUGAAUCUGAGUCUGAAUAAACUGAGAAAUCCAGUCAGAGAUCUGGAGGAGAUACUGAAGCGUUCAGGAGGAGAGCUAAUAUAUUAAUAAAUCCACACGCUGAUCCAUUUCUUCACUGGUGAUAACUGACCUGAUAAACAGCUCUCUCUGGAAGCUGAGUUCUCUGUACACUAGAAGGAACAAAGACACACAUAACAGAGAGGAAGCAGUGUGUACAGUAAUGUAGGAAACAGUGUGUACAGUAAUGUAGGGAGCAGUGUGUACAGUAAUGUAGGAAACAGUGUGGAUGAUGAUUACGGUCAGCAGAACCAGGUCAGUAAUGGGACACUCACUGACUCCACACGUCCAGAAAGUCAUCCUUCAGGCAGUUUCUAGAAGAUCAGAGAACAGAAGACAAGUCAGUAACACCACUAAUACACAGAGGCAACAAAACAGGAGCUCCACAAGCAGUCCCACCUCCAAACCAUGGAACAAACAGUAGCAGAUAAACACCAGAGAAACUCAUCAAUGCAGGACAGAAGGAGACAAAAGUGUCCUGUGUUCUGUAGGGAACUGACUCCUAUUUCAGAGAAUUCACUUUCUGGACAAUAAAAUAGAUCCAAAUGUAAGUGUUGGUUUUUGUCCAUGUUCUGGUUUAUGGUCCUUCCUUUAACCCUAAAUCUCUUAUUCAGCACAAACUGAAAUAAAGCUGAUGGUAAGAAAGUGAGAGAAGAGGAAGUCUGACUCUGUUCUAGUUCUCUUUCACACUCAGACUGAAUCUGUCUUAAAUUUAUGAAUUAUUUCUUAUGGAUGUAAAAUGUCUUCAUAAUAAACAGAAUCCUUUACUAUG